CCCUCCGGCCCGGGGCCCGUGGGCUGUGCGGGGCGGGAGCUUCGGAAACCGGCGCCCAGAUCCGCGCCCCAAGGACUCCCGCCGCGGGGUCCACGUGGACCCUGGGCCGCGGCGGGACUGGAUUCCGUCCCCGCGCGUGGGGGAGGGGGCGUUGCAAGCGGGUUCCCCUUUUUCUGCAGCUCAAAGCCUGGGGAAGUGAUUGCUCAAAGUGGGGGGGGGGGGCCGGAAGAACCCAGGUUUCCGCGUCUCCCGUCCCCCCUUCAGCCUGGUGGGGAGGGGCCGAGGCGGGACACCCGUACUGCCCCCGCCCCCACCCCGCUGGAUCUGGCAGCCACUCAUCCCCGCCAGUCGGAGGGGAGGCGCUGCGCCCCCGGCCCGAGCUGAUCGGGGGCUUCUGGCGCCAGCCUCGCUCCAGAACGCGCAGGAGGACCUCCUGCCGUCUGACUUGAGUCCUGCUGCUGCAGUGCACGCCCCUUCGGCAGCCAGGGUGGGGCCCAGAACGACCUGGCCCCUCCCGCCCCCACCUCGCCUUUGGGUCGCUGCAAACAGGGCCAGAGGAGGCGGACCAGCCCCCCUCGAUGUCCAGUCAUGAUGCGGCCCCCCCGGCUCCCCCCAGGCGAAACCCCUGCUGCUUGUGCUGGUGCUGCUGUUGCAGUUGCUCUUGGAACGAAGAGCGGCGGCGGGCCUGGCGAGCCUCGCGGGAGAGCAGGCUGCAGCCCCUUCCCAGCUGCGAAGUCUGCGCCACGCCCACGCCGACCCCAGAAGAGGUGCGGAGCUGGGCGCAGUCCUUCGACAAGCUGAUGCACAGCCCGGCGGGUCGCAGUGUAUUCCGGGAGUUCCUGCGCACGGAGUACAGCGAGGAGAACAUGCUCUUCUGGCUAGCCUGCGAGGAGCUCAAGGCCGAGGCCAACCAGCACGUGGUGGACGAGAAGGCCCGGCUCAUCUACGAGGACUACGUGUCCAUCCUGUCCCCCAAGGAGGUGAGCCUGGACUCCCGGGUGCGGGAGGGCAUCAACAAGAAGAUGCAGGAGCCAUCGGCGCACACGUUCGAUGACGCACAGCUGCAGAUUUACACGCUGAUGCACCGAGACUCCUACCCCCGCUUCCUCAGCUCCCCCGCCUACCGCGCCCUGCUGCUCCAGGGAGCCUCCCAGUCCUCCAGCGAGGCCUAGGCUGCCCACGUGGCCGCCCAGAUGUGGGACGCCUCCCGCGGCAGAGACUCCUUUCACGAGAGCACUUCAGCAGGUGUCAGGCACACCCACCGGGCCCAGCACCCUGGGGUGGUCCCAGGCAAGAGUGCCAGGUGCAGUGCCAGAGGCCCCUUCCCCACCCGGGGGACGCAGUGUCCCUGGGUCCGGCUGAGAGGCAGGCGUUGAGUGCCUCUGAGCCCAGGCGACCUUUCUUGAAUCAAUCACCCCCCUGCCUCUGGCCACGGAGCCCUCCUGCUGGGGUUCCCACGUGGGGAAAGGAGGUACCCUCCCUGGAAGCAUCCUGGAGCCACAAACCUCACAGGGUCCCUGGGAAACCCUUUCGUGGAGAGCAGACCUUCUGUUUGGUUCUGUAACACAAGGAGACCUCUGCCUGGAGCCGUCUGCACCCUGCGAUCAGACUGAGGACCUCAGAACUAGGCUCAAGGCAGCAGGACCUGAUUUCUCUUUUAUAUGAUCAUUGAGUUUAAACCAGGAAACAUGGCACUGUGUGUCUUAUCAAAAAAAGAAAAUGUUUUCAUAUUUAACUCCGCUCCUCUUACUCCCAAAAUAGAAUCUUAUUAUUGAAGAUA